AUGAUAGCGUCUCCGCUGCUACUUUUCCUGGUUGCUCUAGGCGAUGCACUGGCUGUGAACAGUACUGCGCGGUCAGCGUAUUCUCUCAAAGAGAGGCACCACGUACCGCCUGGCUGGCGAAACGUCGGCGAUGCGCCCAGGGAUGCGAAAAUUGCGCUGCGUGUCGCAUUGCGGCAAAGGAAUUGGACAGAGCUAGAAAAGGAGCUGCUAGAAGGUCUUAUUGACGCUUCUACGGUGUCCGAUCCGCACAACCAGAAGUACGGCCAGCAUCUGUCGGGAGCUCAGGUUCGCGACUUCAUACGGCCUACCGAUGAGACUUCCGACCUUGUGCACGAAUGGUUAGCGGAACAUGGUCAUGUUGCCUCUUUGCAGUACUCGCCUGCCAAAGACUGGAUUACGCUCACCCUUCCCGUUUUCGAAGCGGAACGGCUGCUUGACACUCGAUACUCGGUUUUUAGACAUAUCGACGGCUCUGAGCUCAUAAGAGCGCCGCAAUGGUCGCUUCCAGCUCAUUUACAUGAUCAUGUAGACACCAUUCAGCCCACAACCUCAUUCUUUCGUUUUCAGCGUCAAGCUGUGCAAUGGCUUCAGUCCCCAGUGAUGCCUGCCGCCGAGUUUGAUAUUAAGCCGCAGAGCGCUAUCGCGGCAACAGGUCUUUCUGUAAGUGCCAUCGAAAAGGUGUGCAAUGCGAGCAACAUCACACCAGAGUGCCUGAGCACACUGUAUGGGACGAUUGACUACACGCCAAAAGGUGGUGGAAAGAGCAAGAUCGGGUAUUGUAACUACCUUGAAGAAACCACCAUUGCAACGGAUCUCGCCAUGUUUGUUGACACGUAUAAGCCACAAGCAAAGGGAACAUCAAUCGACAUUCGCAUCGUGAACAACGGAGAAAAUCAGCAAGUACUCGACGCAGCGAAGCUGAAUGCGACGGCCGAUGUCGAAGGCAAUCUCGACGGCCAGACUAUCGUUGGUCAGGUGUACCCAAUCCCAGUGGUAGCUUACAAUACUGGAGGUCGACCGCCGGUGACCACUCCUUACAUUCCGGCCCCUGGCAAAAACGUCACAAACGAGCCAUACCUGGAGUGGCUUGAUUACAUGCAAGGACUUGCUGACGGUGACCUACCAACAACGAUCAGCACGUCUUAUGGCGAUGAUGAGCAGUCUGUUCCACCGUCGUAUGCUUCCAAGGUGUGUCAAUCCUUUGCACAGCUUGGAAGUCGUGGCGUCACUCUACUCUUCUCGAGCGGUGAUUCAGGGGUUGGCAACCGAUCACCUACAUCUGAUAGAUGCGAGAUCUAUCCCGACCCCGAAGUUGCCGCAAACGCAGUGCCGAACUUCAUGCCCGCUUUUCCUGCCAGCUGCCCAUAUGUGACCACGGUCGGGGCCACCAAAGGGCUUGGCUCGAGCAAUUUCAGCACCGAAGUUGCAGCGGGCUACCCAGCAAAUAUCAGCAACUAUGCAAGCGGAGGUGGCUUUAGCAACUACUUCUCACGUCCAGCUUGGCAAGAUAGUGUUGUGAGCGCUUAUAUGAAAGGUCUCACAUCCAACGAAGUUGAUCCAGCCAUGUAUAAUCAUUCUGGUCGCGCAUAUCCGGACCUCGCAGCCAAUGGCCAGCACUAUAGCAUCGUGUAUGACCAGAAAUUCAUCAGAGUUGACGGCACGAGUGCUAGUUCGCCGAUGAUGGCGUCAGUCAUCGCACUCCUGAACGACGACCUUUUGGCGAAUGGAAAGCCUCCCCUUGGCUUCAUGAAUCCAUGGUUAUACUCCAUCGGUAAAGACGGAUUCACAGAUAUAAUCUCAGGCAGUGCAAAAGGUUGCGGUGUCGAAGGUUUUCCAGCGAAGCCUGGAUGGGACGCGGUCACUGGUUUUGGAACUCCGAACUUCGUCAAGCUUCGCGAGCUCGUCGGCACGCAGGCAAGACAGGCUUCGAGCCUGGCUGAUGCCGGGUUCAUCGACAAAGAUGCUCGAUCAUGA